AAAAAUGGAAUUAGGAACUAACCCUAAAUAUAUUUUGCUGUCAUUUACAUGUUUUAAAAAGUGUUUAUUUAAAUUAUUUACGAUCCUACCUUAUUAUGGAUUAUGUAGAGGAGCAGAAAAGUGAAAUUGAAGCUUUAGAAUCCAUAUACUAUGGGGAUUUUAAUAUUAUAUCUACGGAGCCAUACAAAUUUUCAAUACCAAUUAAAACAGAUGAUUAUGAUACAGACAGCAAUAUAGGACUUUGCUGUGAUUUAGUUAUUACCUACACUAGCAAAUAUCCCGAAGACGCACCAAUAAUAGAAAUAGAGAACGCAGAAAGUUUUGAAGAUGGGUAUGUGUCAGAAUUGUUAGAUCAUCUUAACGAGCAGGCUACAGAAAAUUUAGGAAUGGUAAUGGUGUUCACGUUAGUAUCGUCAGCCCAGGAGUGGUUACAUUCCAAAUAUGAUAAUGCAAAACGUGAAAAAGAAGAAAACGAAGCUAGAAAAUUAAGGGAGGAGGAAGAAGCUGAAAGACAAAGGUUUGAAGGAACAAGAGUAACUAUAGAAACCUUUUUAAAAUGGAAACAGAAGUUUGAAGAGGAAUUUGGGAUAGAUAAAAAAAGGGAAUUGCUGGAAAAAGAGGGAAGAAAACUAACAGGGAGAGAACAAUUUAUGAGAGAUAAUACUCUGAACGAGUCUGAUCUCAAAUUCCUUGAUGAAGGCGAUAGAGUGAAGGUCGAUGAAUCGUUGUUCCAAGAUUUAGAUGACCUAGACUUAGAUGAUGAGGAUGAUGAAGAUUUUGAUCCGAAUAAUUACAAUAGCGACUCAUCAUGAUAUCCCAUCCUGUAGGAAGCUGUUACUCAUCUAAUAAUUAAUUAUUUUUAUAUAUCUUAAUUUAAUUUUAAGUAAAGCUGAAAGAUCAAA